AAAAAAUUAAAAAAUUUAUAUAACUAACUACGAAAUUGGUAUCGCCCUAGGUGUUCAAAAUAUCGUGAAUCAAAUAUGAAAUUAGUCGCCAACGUGUGGAUAGGACAGCAGUUCCAAUUUAUACAAUUGAAAUACUUCAGUUGCCUGUCGUAUUCUCUCAAUCAUAUCAUCUCUUGUCGUGAGGUGUAAACGAAACCUAUUAUUUGGGUCCACAUAUAGAAUCUAAGCAAGUUAAAUCUGGAGAUCUCGGUGGCCAAAGAAAUAAACUUCCACGUCCUACCCACCUAUCAGGGUAUGCUAGAUUAAAAAACAAUACAAACAUAUAUGGAAUAAUGUACUAGGCAACCACCAUAUUUCUUAGAAAGUCUAAAUAUAUUUUUCUAAUCAUUUGUUCACCUAGACUCCCAAACCACACAUUUAUAGGCCAACGACCCCGAUGUUGGAUCUCCGGCAUCCACUCGUUUCUGACCAGUAGUGCAUAUUAUGGCGAUUUACUCUACCAUUAUUUUGAAACAUAGCCUCACGAGUCCACAAAAUUCGUGAAAAUAUUUCAGUAUCAUAUUUAAUAGCCAGCUGCAAUAAUCCAGCCUGAUAUCAAAAUCUCGAACAUUCUGACUCUGAUGUAGGAUCAUAUGAUUUGUUUUCAAUCUAAAACUACCACCAUUUACACAUUUCUUAAGAUAUUUUGGAAUGGUAAAAAGAUGUGAACAUGCGGUUUUCACAUAGCCAUAUCAUUUUAAUGUCAAUUUAGUUUACUUCUGAAAUACCCACUCGAAUUUGUCAAGAGAAAUCACAAUAUCUGACAUAUAUGACACAUAGACCUCUAGCGUACACGUUGCUGAUUAAAUUGCUAAUAAUUUAUAUAUUUUCUAUUACUGGUCAAAACUUCUGUCAAACAUCAAGUCUAUAAAAAUCGGCUUAGCAGAACCGGACUUACAGGAAUUUUUUUCUUUACCAUGUUCCCACUCUCCCCUAUCUCAUAUUUAAAUAGGAAGACUUAAAUCUCUAUGGAGUUAUUCUGAAUUUUGUAAGUAUAUUUUUCAAUUUUUAAUUACUAUCUUCUCAUCAUUUUUCAAUAACUGAUAAAUUCAGAUUAAUGUCAUUCAUUAACUUUAUCUAUAAGACAAAUUAUUGUUUUCCAAAGUUUAAUCGGAAGUGGCCAAUCGAAACAAUGAUAUAUAAAUGUAUUUUUACAAUUAGAAACCUUAAGUUUUUGUUCAACGUUCAAAAUGACGUUAAUAAAUUUAUUUCAAUUAUUUUUUUUAAUAGCAAUAUUCGUUGAUAUCAAUUAUACGUAUGCUGACGAUACUAUAGUUGAAAUAGAAUCAGGAAAAAUCAGAGGACAUAUUUUGAAAAGUGAAAACGGCAAUGAUUAUUACGCUUUUCAAGAAAUUCCUUACGCAGCUAAACCAAUAGGAGAAAACAGAUUCCAACUUCCUAAACCUCCAGAGCCGUGGUCAGGUAUUUUGGAUACGACGAACAACACAAAAAUCUGUUACCAAUAUACAAAAAAAUACGCAAAUUUGGAAAUUAGCGAAGAUUGUUUGUAUAUUAAUGUAUAUACACCCCAAAAACCAAGUGAUGCUAAAGUUCUACCAGUACUGCUUUGGAUCCAUGGUGGGGGAUUUGUAAAUGAAUCCAGUACAUUUGAAUACUAUGGACCAAAAUACAUUAUGGACCAUCGUGUGGUGGUUGUCACUUUUAAUUAUCGCUUAGGACCUUUUGGAUUCGUUGGUACUGAUGACGGUGUUAUUCCGGCUAAUAUAGGUCUAAAAGAUCAGUUGUUUGCUAUACAAUGGGUUAACAGAAAUAUUAAGGCCUUUAGUGGUAACCCCUAUCAAGUUACCUUAGUUGGAGAAAGUGCUGGAUCGAUCUCAGUUGGGUAUCACCUUUUAGGACCUUGGGUUGACGACAAACAAAUAUUUCACGCCGCCAUAAUGCAAAGUGGAAGUCCAGUUGGUAUUGAAUUGAAAACACAAAACACUACUAAUGAAGCCUACAGGCUUGCACAAGUUCUAGAUCCCACGUUUAACUCCAGCGAUUCGCGCGACAUCUUGAAAUUUCUCCAAAACGCCACCGCUGAAGAUAUUUUACAUUCGGGAGUAACUGGUGCUGCGGUUAUAGAAAAAGACGGACCAUUUUCAUACGAAGGUUUUCCUUCGUUCUUAAACCAAAAUUAUAAAAAAGUUCCUGUUAUAAUAGGAUUCAAUUCGGAGGAAAUGGCGUUUUUAGUUUAUAGUAAAAAUGAAACCCAGUAUGAGAAAUUCGACGCAGAUCCUAGUUUGUUGGUUGAUAAAUUGAUAAACAUGUCUCCCGAAAACCGAACAAUUGCUGGUACUUUAUUAAAACAACUAUACACACAGAACACGAGUUUUGAGGAAAAUUAUGGAGGAUAUAUCAGGUAUAUCAGUGACAAUUCGUUCACUACAGCUACGUGUAAACAAGUUGAGUUAGCUUCCCCCGAGGCUCCCUAUUAUUUAUAUCAAUUUUCUUAUAAAGGUGAAAUAGGAGGGAUGACGUCAAUACUGCCUUUAUUACCACCAAACACUGGUAAUGUAGGCCACGCUGAAGAUUUACAUUAUAUGUGGGACGAUGGUUCGAAUAGCGACCUUAGUCAAUUUCCUGAAGAAGAUGGCGUAAUACUACACCGUUACGUUCAAUUAUGGACAAAUUUCGUUAAAUACUUCGUCCCAACCCCCGAACCCGUUGGUAAUAUCACUUGGUUACCUUCCGAACCAUCGACACUUAGAUAUCUGAAUAUAAAUUCAACUUUCGAGAUGUUGGACCACCCAAGGCAGUACCAACAAGUUAAAGAAAUAUUAGAAACAUACAUGGAACCACCUUACACGGUUUUUAAAUAAGAAAAUCCCGAAAAUAAAUGGUAUAAAAUGCUU